UUUGCUGACAGCGUCAUUGAAGAUAGCGAUUGCCCAAACUGGAGUAGUGGAAGUGCGAUCAACCGCGAUACAACGUUGAUAAUCGUGAAGAUUGCCUAAAAUCAUUGAUCGUCCACGGUUCUCGUAUGGACUUCCCCUCUUCAGGUUCCACCUCCGCAUUUCCUUUGCCUCUUUUUUCCUUACUCGGCCGUCAUAUCGCCUUCCCAUUGCUUCAAAAGGCGUUCCAUCUCUCCUUUCUUCAUGUUUUGAUAAUACUCAUCUUGAAGUCUCUCACUCUAUCCGCCCAUCAUGCCUCAAGACCCCAGCGCCGACGAGGCCCUGGCCCGUAUGGGCUACAAGAGCGAACUUCCCCGCAAUCUCAGCAUGCUGAGUAUCCUCGGACUCUCUUUCGCUAUCAUGGCCGCACCCUACGGUCUCAGUACGACCCUCUAUAUCACCCUAACAGACGGCCAAUCUGUCUCCGUCCUCUGGGGCUGGGUCCUCGUGACCCUAAUCUCAAUCGCAAUCGCCGCGUCCCUCGCGGAGAUUUGCGCCGUCUACCCAACCGCCGGCGGCGUAUACUACUGGAGCGCGAUGCUAUCGACGAAAGAAUGGGCGCCGAUGAUGUCGUUCAUCGACGGGUGGUUGACCCUUGUCGGAAACUGGACAGUGACACUGAGUAUUACUUUUGGCGGGGCGCAGUUGAUCCUGAGUGCGAUUUCGCUGUGGGAUGAAUCGUUUGUUGCGAAUGAAUGGCAGACCAUUCUCAUGUUUUGGGCGGUGAUUUGGGCCUGUGCGCUGAUUAAUGUGUUUUGUGCGAGAUGGUUGGAUCUCAUUAACAAAGUUUGUAUCUUUUGGACAGCGUCCAGUGUGCUUGUUAUUUUGGUGGUGUUGUUGACUAUGGCGGAUGAUAGGAGGAGCGGAGAGUUCGUUUUUGGGCACUAUGAUGCGAGUGAGAGUGGAUGGCCAUCUGGGUGGGCUUUCUUCGUUGGAUUACUGCAGGCCGCAUAUACCUUGACUGGCUAUGGUAUGGUGGCUGCGAUGAGUGAGGAGGUCCAGAACCCCGAGCGUGAGGUUCCGAAAGCAAUUGUCCUAUCCGUGGUGGCUGCUGGUAUUACUGGACUGGUUUACUUGAUUCCAAUCCUGUUUGUGCUGCCGGAUGUGAAGAUGCUUCUUAACGUCAAGAGUGGACAGCCGGUCGGUCUGAUUUUCAAGUCCGUGACGGGCUCAGCAGGAGGCGGGUUCGGCCUACUCUUCCUAAUCCUAGGCAUCAUGAUGUUCGCGGGUAUCGGCUCCCUAACAGCGGCUAGCCGCUGCACAUACGCUUUUGCGCGUGAUGGUGCCAUCCCCGGAUUCCGACUGUGGAGGAAAGUCAAUAAGAGACUAGACGUCCCUGUAUGGGCAAUCAUCCUCUCAACAACAGUCAUCUCCCUGCUCGGCCUGAUCUACUUCGGUUCAACCGCAGCAUUCAACUCCUUUACUGGCGUUGCCACUAUCUGCCUCUCCACGUCGUACGGGCUCCCGAUUCUCAUCUCUGUGAUCCGUGGCCGAAAGGCCCUCAAGAACUCCGGCUUUUCGCUCGGUCGGUUCGGAUACGCCAUCAAUAUCUUGACCAUCUUGUGGAUUUGCCUAGCUGUGGUGUUGUUCUGCAUGCCGGUCUCACUUCCUGUCGAUGCAGCCUCGAUGAACUAUGCGAGCGUGGUGUUUGCAGGCUUCGCGACUAUUAGUGUCACCUGGUACUUUGCGUAUGCGCGGAAGCACUUCACUGGCCCGCCGGUCCCCAUGGAUCAGCUUGAAGAUACACCUGGGGUUGUCCCGGGGAAGCCAGCAGUGGAUCCGGAGCAGGCGAGUUCUGGGCUGGUCGAGGAAAAACGAUAGUUUGCGGAAGCCUGCUAAGAGGCAUUGUGCAGUGUAAAUUAAUUACAACAACACUUUAAGUUAUUCAAUGAGUAAAAGAAUCGAUUAAUAUAAUCAUAAAUAAAAAAACAGAAGCCAUUACCCCAGAAUUUGCUUGUCAAAUUGGCUCGGGACAUGACAAUCACAGGGGGAAGAAGGGCAGCCCAGAGACCUCCGAGAACCGCGGUUCAACUGAUCGAGCGACCCAACAGCCUGCCAAAUCAAUCAACAACGCUCCUAUCAGUCAUCACCACUCGCUCCAACGCCUCAUUUCGCGUCUGAACUGGAAUCCGAC